CGAAUCCAUAUUAUUAUCAUGUUCAAUAUGAAUCAAAAAUAAUUAGUAAUAAUAUUGACCUCUCCUUGGUUUGCAGUACAACAAAGUUCUUUUUUAAAUAGCCAGGCACGGAAACUAGACACGGCCUGUUCACAAAAAAAUUCCUUAUGUCUGCGCCAAGUGGGCGAUGUCGUGCUGCACGAUUUAAAAGGGAGACUGGAUUGUUAUGUUUGCCUGCAGUAAUCCUGCCGUGGUUCGUUAUUCUGGGUUUAGCCCGGCAUUGUGAAGCGGGUUGUUCCCCUUCUCCCCAGGUCGAAUGGAAGUGCGAAGUUUGCGGUACGCCGUCGACGGCAGCCUGCUCCGACGGGGGCGCCAUCAGUUCGAUGAUGAUGAAAGGCAACUGCGAUCUCGGUGCGGGAUGUUUGACAAGAUAUUUUGACCGAGCAGGAGAUGGAAACUGGGUGCUGGAAAAGGGCUGCGGACGUGCGCUGAAUGAGACCAGUACCACACCGCCGGGAUUGUGGCCUUCGGCCAGCGUCUGUGAUCCAUAUUAUUCGGUUUUACUAAUUUUUCGAAGUAUGGCUCCUCCAUCUGGAAUAACUGCUGCUACAAAGUAUCGGCCAGUGAAUACCGCUGCUACUGCCAAGAUGCGUAUUCUUCUGAUUGGAGAUCGUGUACAUACCCAUGCAAUCUGCAAGGAUUAUACAGUAAUUUCCUCCAACUGGCCACCUACAAGAUGUAUCAGGAUAAACCAAUUGGAAAAUGGUUUAGUUUUGAGCCGAGUCCCACGUCAACCACAACGACGACGACAACUACAACAACCACCACAACGACCACACCAACCACUACGACGACAACAACGACACCGACCACGACAACAACCACCACGCCUACGACAACGACCACGCCCACUACGACGACAACAACGACACCGACCACGACAACAACCACCACGCCAACGACAACGCCCACGACAACGACCGCGCCCACUACGACGACAACAACGACACCGACCACGACAACAACCACCACGCCAACGACAACGCCCACGACAACGACCGCGCCCCCUACGACGACAACAACGACACCGACCACGACAACAACCACCACGCCUACGACAACGACCACACCCACCACGACGACAACAACGACACCUACCACGACAACAACGACCACGCCCACUACAACAACCCCUACCACGACUACAACGCCCACUUCGACCACAACGCCCACGAGGACACUCACGCCCACUGCGACAACCACGACUAUAUAUCAGCGACAACCAGCGACAUCAAUGCCGGAAACCUCGGAAACAACACCCGGUGAGAUGGUCCUCUGGCUUUUUAAUCAACCUUUUGUUACGACUUAUGACGACUGGUUAAACUGGUUAAACUCAUUCGUCGUUGUGCAACGGAUGCAUGCUGUUUUCAUUCCGUACUAGUCUUUGUACGCAGGUAAAACCGCCCAGAGCAGAUAUGAACAUUUCGCUCCCACAACUGCGUAAGUUUUUCCCGGACAGUUCUUUAGCUGGGGCAGUAAAGUUUUUCAUGUUGGAAUCACAUUUCGAAUUUCAAAAAGUUUAUGAGUUUCCUAAAGCAACACACACAUGGCAACUUUUCAAUAAUGUUUCUCAUUUCGCAAAAAUCAUUCUAACCAGAAGUAAUUUUCCUUUUAUAAGAACUGUUUUUCGACGAAUAUUUUGUUUCGUCAUGGUGAUGCAUUGUCAACGCUGGCGGCAAUUUAGGUG